AUGUCCCUUCCUGUUAUCGCACGUCGCCGCAUUGCUACUCCGAUACGCCUCGGAAGACUGCUGUCGUCGGGUGCUCUGCCGAAAGUCGACUAUGUCGCAAAGUAUCCAGCACUGAAGCCGUCGGACCUGCUUCCGGACGGCACGCCGGACUACGUGAAGUUGAUUUUGACGUCCCGGGUGUACGAUGUGAUCAACGAGUCGCCUGUGACGCCUGCGCCGUUGCUCUCGCAAAAGACGAACUCGACGGUGUUCCUCAAGAGGGAGGACCUGUUGCCCGUGUUCUCCUUCAAGUUGCGGGGCGCCUACAACAUGAUCUCAAACCUGUCGCCCGAGCUGAAGGCGAAGGGGGUGAUUGCCUGCUCCGCAGGCAAUCACGCCCAGGGCGUGGCGUACUCGGCCAAGAAGUUAGGGGUCAACGCCACGAUCGUGAUGCCCCUUGGUAGCUCGGCCAUCAAGUUCCAGAGCGUGUCCCGAAUGGGCGCCAAGGUGCUCUUCUACGGCGAGGACUUUGACGCUGCCCGGGCCGAAUGUGAACGCAUAGCCGCUGAGUGUGGCUACACAAACGUCUCCGCAUACGACCACCCGCUUAUCAUCGCCGGACAGGGCUCCGUGGCGUUGGAGCUCCUGCGCCAGGUGAGGUCGAACAAGCUUUCGGCGAUCUUCGUUGCCAUCGGAGGCGGCGGCCUGAUCUCUGGAAUAGCCUCCUACAUCAAGAGGUUGAUCCCACAGGUGAAGGUCAUUGGCGUCGAGACGUACGACGCCGCCUCCAUGUACGAGUCUUUGCAGAAGGGAGAACGGGUCAACCUCGACUCCGUUGGUCUCUUUGCAGACGGAACCGCCAUUAAGCUUGUCGGAGAGGAGACGUUCCGCAUUUGCCAGGAGUACGGUCUCGACGGCAUCAUCCGUGUUUCCACGGACGAGAUCGCCGCCGCCAUCAAAGACGUGUUUGAAGACACCCGCUCCGUUGUCGAGCCCUCUGGGGCGCUGUCGGUGACCGGGAUGAAAAGCUACAUCCAGAGCCACCCGGAGAUUGACCACUCAACAAAGACAUACGUGCCGGUCUUGUCUGGGGCAAACAUGAACUUUGAUCGCUUGAGAUUCGUCUCUGAACGGGCAGUAUUGGGUGAAGGAAAGGAGGUUUUUCUUGCAGUGAAGAUCGCCAACGUCCCAGGGGCCUUCCGGAGGCUCCAGAAGAUUAUACACCCACGAACCGUCACGGAGUGCUCUUACCGGACGGACAACUCAGACCCAACUACCGACGCGGAGUUCUCCGAGGUUUACACCUCCUUUUCCGUUCAGGACCGUGAGAAGGAGCUAAAAGAGGUGAUGGCCGCAAUGAGAGACGAGGGUUUCUUUCCUUACGACCUCACAGACAACGAGAUUGCCAAGUCCCACGGCAGGUAUCUUGUUGGCGGGAAGAGCAAGAUUCCGGAGCGGUUCAUCCACUUCGAGUUCCCUGAGCGUAUGGGAGCAUUGGACAAGUUUCUCGACCUGCUGAAGGCCGAGUGGAACUUGACGCUAUUCCACUACAGGAACCAAGGCGAUGACAUCGGCAAGGUCCUCACCGGCAUCCAGGUCCCAGAGACCGAGGAGAAACGGUUUCAGCAAUUCUUGAGGGACUUGGGCUAUAAGUACUCCGACGAAACCGACAACGUCAUCUUUGACAUUUUCUUGAAGGGCUAG